CACAACGUUGUAUGCACUUUAAACUGUUUUGAAUGAAGUUAUGAAGUUAUGUGCACUGCUAUAUGCUUUGAAAAGAGGGAUUAAAACUGCUUGUAUCUGUGAUGGCUCUGCAGUUGGUUUCAAUGGCAGGAAAGUUUCACUGGGGAUGUUUACAUAUUUUAUCUAUUUAUUUUUUCCUAUAAAAAAUAUUUCUGUAUUCUGUAUAUAAUACACUGUAAUCUUAUGCUUCACUGAAGUAUUGGAAUAUCUUGUAAUUUAGACUGUAAAGAAUAGUGCUUCAUGUUUUGUAAUUAGUAAGCACAGUACCACUUGAAGUGUGACUUCUUGGGUUCAUUAAAGAGCACGACUGAUGAAUUUAGCUCUUUGUGGAAGUCUUUGGAUGGAGGGGAAAUGAGAAACAGUUACAGGUUAGGCCUUAGCUGUGUUCACAGAGAAGUUUCUUGAUUGGGACGAGAAAUUUAGCCACAAACACAAAAUAAUUUUCAUGUUGUCUCCUCAGGAAUGGUGUACAAUUUUAAUGUCAGUGUGAGCCUUAAUGCAUUACACUGGGUGACUUCAUUUAUUUAUUUUUUUCCACAGCUGUCACUGGUUAAACUUGGCAGCUGCAUCAUCAUUGACUGUUACCCCUUAGUAUUUGUGUCCUUGCUUCAUGUUAACACUAUGGAACCUGGCCUGAUUCAUUGUAACGUGCUGUUAUUGUCAGUUGGUAAUAACAGAUGUAUUAAUACUGCUCAUUCAGGAACUGUACGGCUUGGGUGUUCUAAUGUAUUGUGCCACUUAAUUGUGGUACAAUCAAGGUCAAUGUUUAAAGAAGCUUUUUUUUUUCCUUUUUUCUUUUUUUUCCCCUCUCCUCCUUUGCCAUAAUCAUUUCUAUCCAGACCUUCAUUUUUUCUUCACUCCAUGAGCAUGCCUAUGCUACUGCCGUGCUUCAGUUGCACAAAUCACUUCAGAGGUCGGUUUGCCUGGGUGCUGUUGAUGUUUGGUCUUAGAAGUACGUAGCUUUUAAAUAGCCAAGCCGUGACUCUUGCCUUCUUGCACAAGUCGGCCUACAGGCAUUCACACCGCUCCCUUUCCUAUGCUUCUCUGGCCCUCUCAGAGCCUGAGUGCAGGGCCCGGCAUGGCCAGGGGCGGGCUGACGGGCGGGGCGGGGCGCCGUUACCACGGGGACGCUUGGGGCGGCCGCCCUGCUCCGGCCCUCCCUGGCUUGCCCGGCGUUAGCGGCGUUGCGUUCCACCUGAGGCUUCGUUGGGAGGGGCUGGGGCCGUGCCAAGCAGUUUGUGUCGAUUUGAGUCCAACGCCUCGAGAAAGGUCGUGCGUCUGGGAGGCCGUCUCAGCGAGUCCUGCGCGGCCGGCUGCGUACCCGGCGUGGGCGCGCUUCCCGCCUGGUGAAGGGUGGAGACCAGAUACACGUGCUGCUCGGGGUCCUCGCCCACCAGAGGUGCCGUGCCUAGAUCUAGGGAGGCUGAGAGAUUCUGAUGAUGAGAAUGGGAACUCUUACAUACCAUGCAGCAGAAGCUUUCCUCACACAUGCUCUCUAAAUUCAUCUUUGGAUUGGAGAACAUCGUUAGAAACGCCACGUGGGCAGCAUCUACCAUCUCAGCAGCGUUCUGUUCUGGAACAGAAGACAAUACCAGAAAAUCUGCCAACCCCUACAGACAAAUAUAAACUGAAGUAUCAUCAGUAUGAAGCAGAUAUGAAGGAAGAGUAUAAGCAGUACUCCGAGAGAACUGCAGAAAAGAAAAGAAACCACCUCCCAUGUCCAGGAACUUCAGUAGAGGGUUCGCAGUUUGAAGAUGGGCACAGUGAUGAUCUUACAGCUCUUGAUGAGAAAGCUCUCCUGCAACGAUGCUACACAAGCAAGCCUUACAAUACGCAACACAGUAUGAAGAAAUCAGAAGCUGAGGAUGUUGCGGCAGAGAGAAAGAAACAGGCUGUAGUAGAACAAGUGAUGCUGGAUCAGUUAUCCAGAGCUGUCAUAAGUGAUCCAGAACAAAACACGCGAGGUGAUGUUUCCAAGGAAGUUCAGGGACAUUUGGGACUUGGGACUGCACCCAUGCGUUUUAGAAAAAGAACACUGCAUGAAACGAAAAUAAGGACCAAAUCAGGAUUAACUGAAAACAUGCUCUCUAACAAGCUACGAUUUGAUAGUAGGAUUGUAUCUAGAAAUGGUCGUGAUGCUUGUAGAGACUUGAUCGGAUUCUUUUUUGCAUGUGACAGAUCCCUUACUGUGUAUGAAUUUCGACAGUUUGGAAAAAAUAGAACAAAUGCCUUGCCUUUCAUUCAGAAGGGAGUUUAUCAACAUCAGCGAGGACAAAAGAAGGGGAAAGCUUAUGAUCUCACUGAUUUCUACAUCGGAGCUAACCUAACUUUCCAAAGCAUCGAUCAUAAUCUUCCGAAAAGCAUCAAGCAGAAUCCGAUUCUCACCCUUCGUGUAACAAGUAUUGAUGAAGUUGCUAUGGAUUUUCUAAAGUAUUUGUACGCAUUGAUAAGAUAUCCCCGAGCCUUGCUUUCUCAAGUCUGACCAGUCUCAGAUCUCACAGCCUUUUGACUUGGAACAGCGAUAACAAAGCCUCAAUCAAAUACAUUCAGUAUGUAAAGACUACUUUCAUCAGGACAAUUUAACUGACUAUUAUUUUUCUUUCUGAAACUGUUUAGAUACAUGAAGCUUGUUCUCAGCUAUGGUAAUAUUCACUUUAGUAUCUCUUUACACUAAAAACUCUGCAGAGGGGCCAUAGUGAGCUAACAGUCCAUAAAACAGUAUAUUCAAGCUUAAUUGGUUGUAGAAAGGUAUGUCUCUAUGAUACUUACUGCUAAUUGCUCCCUCUCUGCAGCAUUUUCGUGAAAUAAUAUAUUUUAAUUUUGGAUAGCUUAUGUAGGAUAUUUUACAUCUCAGAAGCAUAUCAUUUUGGUAAAUAUCUUGCAUUUGUUGCUAAUCUUCUACCUGUGAAAUUUGGAGUUGAUCCAGUGUUAUUUCUGAAGGCUCUCUCUUCAGGUUAUAAUUUCAUAUUUUCUGCUACUUGUGAUGGAACAAAUUGUUUCUUUCUUCUACAUUCUCUCUAACUGAAGUGUUGUGGGUUGGGUUUUUUUUUUCCCAGAUAGUUGACUAAAUUUCAGAUUGUGAAAUCAGUCUAUUUUUUUCUGAACAGCGUGUUUGAAGGGCAUGAUAUUGAACUGUAACUUAUUCUUCUGUGGCAGAAUACUCUUUUACCCUCAUUACUAUACUUAGAGAAAAUCCUGCUCAGAUAGAGUCUUGAAGGUCUAUUGCAGAUUUACAAGAGCAGCUAUGCCCUGCUGUCACAAGUUAUGAAUCUUCUGUGUUUUAUGUUUAUUUUAGAGUAUGCUAUCCUCUGUAGGUGGCUGUUGACGGUAAUGUACAGUUUAGGUGGUUUGAUAUGAACAAGUUCAUAGGGACUUCGUAAUGGAAGGUACACAAACUGGAGAGAUGUGAAUUCUUAAUAGACAGGAGAGAAGUAAUUUUUCCUCUGAAGGAGGAAGUACUCCUUCAUGGCAAGGCACUGGUGAACAAGAAGUUCCAAGUUGGCAGUAGCGCUUUUGCAUCUGCCUUCCUCUUCUGAUUAAAGUACUUGUAGGAGUAGGAGUAGAUUUUCUCUUGUUUUGUUCAUUUUCUUCAUAUGGAUUAUUCAUAACAGUAUUUUUCUAUCAACCUUUGUAAUGAUUUCUGAUUGGAGAUUCUGGGGGGGCCUUUUGAGAACACAGUCAGUUGCCAGGAAAAAAAAUGCACAGUUUCACUAUGAUUCCUUGUACAUGCCUACGAUGUACUGAUCCAGCUUUUGAUCUAUACCCUUGCUAUUGUUUGUACCCUUAACAGAUGAACUUAGAAAACAAACUUCAUUAACAACACUGAGUUUGCAUUCAUUUCUUUUGUCAUACAUACAGUUAGCAUUGUGAAUGAAAAUAUAAACGAGGGCAGAAACUCAGUCCUUGUUGCAUCAAAUUCAAUGUCAAAUAUUAUGUAGCAAAUCCUGCUUUCUACAGGAAAAGUUGCAAACCAGUGUGUCAUGGAAUGAUGCUUUCUUUUUCAUGGAAGGGUGCUUGUCUUUCUCCUGUUUAUUAGUGGUUGGCUUGUAUUUGGAAUGAGAAGGCUCAUGCAUUUCCCAAUUAGGCUCUCAUUAAACCUAAAGUUCCUCCAUUUAAUCUCUGGUGCAAGAGAAAAUUUCUGUGAUUAAAGUCAGUAGUUGAGACUUUUAUAUGGUCUUUUCCCGUAAGUGGCAUGGUAAGGAAAAAAACUCAGAACUGUAUAGUGUUAACAUAUCUGUCAUUGAUAUGUCUCGUUAUUGCUUGUUAGUCACCUGGGCACAUUUCAAGAAAUUGAUUUCUUUAUUUGAGAGAGAUUCUUUUUUUUUUUUUUUUAAUCUUCUGGAGGAUUUAUGAUUAUCUGUGCAAUGUCCAGAUAAAUACGCAUCAAUAUCUGUGUAUGUGUUUUCUGGGAGAUUUCAACUUUGCUGAAGUUCUUUUAAGAUGGCUGAUUAACACUGGAACAAAUAGAGGAAACUAUAUGACAUUUUGUUACCAUUAUUCAUCCUUUUAAUGCUCAGUGCCUCAUCUUUCUGAGUGUCAUCAGAUGUUAAAAGUAAUUGGAGUCUGCACAGUCUGUUUGUAACAAUGAGAUUAUUGAAAGAGUAAGUUCAUUCAGAUCUUUGUCUCCAAUGUCUUCUAAGAUUGCUAACAAUAAAGACACAUGAGUGUGGAACGCUUUUAGUUAAUUCUUUCCUUGAAUGACCUUCCCACUAGUUUGUUCUAGUCAUUAAAUUCAAAGACUGUGAGGGAAACAUUUUUUCUUAAGAAUGUGUGAGGAAAAUACAUGGGAUAUUUUAUAAACGCAUACAGAAAUUUCCACCUCUUGAAAUUUCUCUUAGCUAUCUGACAAGAUUCUUUGGAUGUGACUCCCAUUCACAGUGUCCCAUUCAUUAGCUCUUUUUUCCUUAAGCACAUUUUUAGAAAUCCAUGAUUCAUUUAUCAGAACAUUUUGAGAAGUAUUACAUUACGGAGUGUUGUGGUGACCAAGCAAAAGAGAGCAGAUUUUUAACCAAUAAUCAUCAUACAGACAUGUAUGCCUUCCUUGAGGUAUUCACGACAGAAAAAUCCUCAGUUCCUCCAGUCUUGUGCCAAUCCAAUGGCCAUUCCUUUUCUAAACAGUGUCCUUCUUUCAGCUUGCAGCGUUUUCAUAUCUCCUUAUUUAGUGGAUUUAUGGCUGUUGCUUUUUGGGCUAGAGAAUGCACACUCACUGCAGUUACAAGGUUUGUAGUUCUCUCUUAAUGCUCUGAGGUGUCCUUGGACCAUGUUCUCCUUGUUUCAGGACAUCUCUCAACCAGUUGAAUGAAUACAGUCAUAUGGAACCCGCUCUUGGUGGCAGUGUGUGAAAUAUUUGAAUACUGACAUGGAAAUUUUAAAGUAAUUUUCUUCUGCAGAGGUAUUCCUUCGUGGAGGAUGUUGGUCCCCAGUGGCCCUGUUCAGUGACAUCUAUGUUCUCGAUCUAUGUCACGAAAUAUAAUCUCUUCUUCCCUUUCUCUCAUUAGUUAACCACAAUGCUGGCUUUUUUAUCCUUUUAUCCUAUUGAUCAUGAAUGAGGAGGCAAAGACGUAGAACAGGUGCAAAAAAUUGUUGCUAGUUUUGUCAUUUAACUGCUAUACUUCUCAUUUAGAUGUGUUGCUAGAAAUCAUAUUCAAGAUAUAAUUUCUGUAGUUCCAAAAUUUUUCUUCUGAAAAGAUAUUUGUAGCUACUUCAUGUUGUUUUCCUAUUGGUAACUAAGCAUAGCUGUUUCAACAAACUCUUCCGGAGCUGAAGGCUAGGACUUUCUUGAAAUGCAUUUCUGGAGAUUGUGCAAACAGGAAUAAUUAUUCAUGAUUUAUAAAUUAGCAGAGGAACUGCUAAUGGAACAUUGUCAGGCAAGAAUUUCUGUGUAUCUUCAACUGUUCUAUGUGUGCUGCAUCAAACUGGAUCAGUUGGUCACCAUGCUGAUAAGGGCAGUUUAAGAAUCAAAUGUAAAGUUAAAAGUGCUUUUUUACUACAGUUAUUUUGCAUUAAGUAGUAUUACAUGUGAUUUUAACCAACCAACAUUGAAUUUUGAUUA